AUGUUCUCUCGUGUCUACUCUGUCCUCGCCUUCAUCUUCUUCUUCGCUGGCCUUGCUGCCGCUACAACCACUACGGUUACCGUCACCACUUUUGCCCCCGGUGCAACCCCCACCACCCCCGCCAGCCAGUGCAACACUGACUCUCUUUUCUGCUGCAACCUUGCCCAACAGGCUAAUGUUCUCGGUGGAGUCAUCCAAUUCCUGCUCGGCAUCGCCCAAAUUGCCGUCUCUCCUGUUACUGCUCUCGUUGGCGCAGACUGCACAUCCCUUAUUGCUGGAAACAGCUGCAGUGCCAGUGCCCAACCCGUCUGCUGCCAGAACAACAACUUUGCCGGAGCAAUCGUCAUUGGGUGCACCCCCGUCAACGUCAACCUCUAA